AUGUUACGAGACGUUAUUUCGGACUCACAUCCAACGGUAGUGGCUAAUGCCAUUGCAUCUUUGUCGGAAAUCUUAGAGAUUUACAGUGCAGGAGUAACGGCUUUCACGAUUUCCAAGUCCGUGCUGCAAAAACUAUUGGCGGCACUUAAUGAGUGCAAUGAGUGGGGACAGUGCUUUCAUGCUAACUCGGCCGUUGUGCUUUUGGCAGUCAAGGUCAUUAUGACAUUCCUCGAGAAGGUCUCGGACGCUGAUACGGAACGCAGUCUCAUUAACCUGAUUGUGCAGAAAAGCCCAGCAAUCUUGGCGAACGAGAUAAAGCAGUUCUUCUGCAAGUACAUUGAUCCGGUCAAUGUCAAAAUGGAGAUGCUGGAAAGUAUCAUCUGUAUUGUCUCGCAGCGCAACAUUGAACAGGUGCUGCUUGAGUUCAAGGAAUACGCUACUGAGGUGGAUGUGGAAUUUGUGCACCGUUCGGUACGUGCGAUUGGUCGAUGGGCUGUUAAGCUUGAACGUGCUGCGGAGAAGUGCAUCAAUGUGCUGCUGGAGCUUAUUCAGACCAAGGUCAACUAUAUCUUGCAGGAGGCUAUUAUGGCGAUCAAGGAUAUCUUCCGCAAGUAUUCAAACCAGUACGAGAGCAUAUUUGCUACCCUAUGCGAGAACUUGGAUACACUGGACGAGCCCGAGGCGAAGGCAUCAAUAAUUUGGAUUAUCGGCGACGUAUCGACAAUGCAGACGAGCUCUUAG